CGUGGGGCCUCUUUCGGGCUGCCCCGCUGGAGCCCUGCGCUGCCGGCAGAGCCAGUCCCGCUGCCCGCGGCCUCGAGAGGCGACGGGAGGGAAGGCGGGAGGGUGGAGGGAGCUUCCUCCAUGUUUGUUUCCUUUCUCAGGGGGAGACCUGCAGGCCGAGGCGCAGAGCGGAGCGUCAGCUUCCAGCUGCUGGUGCGGGAGCUGGAGGUUUGAUGGAAGUAGUGGCUGAAGGACGCCGCGCCUGCACCGAAACCAUUAAAAAGGGAAAGAGGCUUGAAUCGAUGGUAUUGCGGGUCUCUCUCUGUUUCCCAUGGCCAACGCGCCCAGCGCGAGGCUGGCGGCAGCGGACCCCCGGGUGCUGGCCUUAGCUGCUGAGGUCACUGAGAGCAGAGAACAGGACAUCCCCCUGCUACUUCUGAAGCUAAAGGGAAUUUUAAAUAGUGCUUCCCUGGGAUGUGAAGAAUCAAAAAAAAUUAAACAAGACAUAUAUGAUUAUGAUCUUACUCAGUACUGCAUGCUGGUCCUUAGACAAGACCACUCUCGACUGCGUGGAGGCUGGGCUACUGCUGCCCAGCUAGCAGAGGUACUAAGUCUUUGUUGUGUAGGACUAGAGGUGAAAGAAGAUCCUGAGGAAUUUUACAAGAAUUUUCUUCCUUCAGCUGUAGACAACCUGCUGUUUUUGGCAAGACGCUUGCAAGCACGAUUUAUCCGAGCAAUCAAGGAUGAAGAUAAACAACAUUUUUUACGCUGGUUCCAAACAGUAACUGAUGCCAUCUGCUGGCUGUUUGGUGGGCAUAUUCAGCUAGCAGCAUGCGGUAAGGGAAAAUUCCCGCAGUUGUUAAUAACAGAUGAUGUUGAAACAGCAAUUAUAAUGAUGUCUGUUUUACACAAUAUUGUGAGGGUCAAUAGUUCUGUCUUGCUUCAGGUUGAUGAAGAGACUCUUCACUCUGUUUUGGAUGAACUCGUUUAUAAGCUCUCAUCUACCAGCAAUCCUGUCAUAGGAAAUGCUGCUGCAAAACUGCUAUUGUUGGUAGCAAAAUUUUGCAAGCAGCUUGGGAAGUUGCUCACUGCUCGCUACAAAGGGUUAAAAGGGCUUUUAAGCAAACAGUGGGCUGGCAAAGGAUUUGACAGGGAUCUCAGUCAACUCUUGGACUUGCUGUACUUGGAACAAUCCACUGGAAAAGGAGAAAUGCAGGUGCUGAAGUUUAAUGAGACUUCUAGGCAGCAUCAAGCAGCCUGUAUAAUCCAGGCUGUGUGGAGGGGAUUUCAGACGAGGAAAAGGCUGAAAAAACUACCUCAAGCAGUGACUGCGUUACAGAGAAGCUUCAGAGCUAAACGGGAACAGGAGCUGCAGCAUUUAAAAAAACAGAAAGAAGAUGAGGCUCUAAAACUGCAAAUGCAACUUCGGAGACAGAGGGCUAUGAGACUCUUCCAUGAACGGCAGCUGGCCUCGCUGGAAAUAAUCCAUGCCAGUCAAGUAAGUAAGUACAUGGAGGAAAUGGAAGGGAGAUCAGCAUUAACUAUCCAGAGAUUCUGGCGAGGGUAUAGAGCAAGAAGGAGUUUUCACCAACAGAGACAAUCUCUUAAGGAGUAUAAAGCAGCUGUCAUCAUUCAGAGAGCAGCUUGUAAAUUCUUGGAAAAACGAAGAAGGAGGAGACCUCUCUCUCCUUGGAAAGAUCCCAAGGGACUGACUGAUGAGCAGAGGCUAGCUUUGCAGCAGAAGGUGGAUGACUACAUCAAAUUGCAUCCGGCUUCCGAAAUGUCAGAAGAAAUGAGUAAAGAAUUACAUAUGCAGGCCCAGGAAAAACUGGCACAGUUCCUGUUGAGGAGCAGACUGGAUCAGAGAGCAGCGCAAAGGAGAGAGACGUUACUGGCUCAGGUCAACACUGAUGUGGAGCUGCUAAUGAAUGCUCCAGGGUUAGCAGAGACCACAGAAAAAGAUCUUGAUGUCUUUAUGAGUCGAUCAGUCCCUGUAGCUACCAAGGCAAGACAAUCCCACCACACUAUGCUGAAAUCUUCUCGCUGGCCAUGGUGGAAGAAGCUUGGAGAUGAGUUUAUGGAGGAUGAUGUCAUUCCUGAUGAUGCCCUCAAUGCAGAACUGGGAACUCUAUUUGUUGGUGGAAGGAAAUCCUUUUAGGUAACAGGCAGAAGAAUUUCUUACUUGGACUCAUACCUUGAACCAUGCAUUCUCUUGCAUGUGUUUUUAAGGAAGUAAAACACUUGACUUGUAAGAAAAAGCACUGAAAAAGACCAAAGUCUUAUUUUAGUGCAUUUUACUUAAUAAUAUUUUCUGUACAUCAACAGUUAGAUCCUAUUGAUUGUGCUGUUGCAAAUAGGAUUUAAAUACUGUAGUUGUAAAUGAGAAUAUUUUGUAAUUUGUAUCACUUUAAAAGUAAGUUCAUAACUUCUGGAUUUUCAGUUCUUAUUCACGCUCGGAUGUGUAAGACUCACACCCCUGUAAAAGCCUGGGCUUUUAUAGCAAAACUUUUUAUCAGGUGAUGUGCUUUGAGGUAAAGAUGAGUUCAGAACAAACCAAAACACCACUAAGAAGUCAAGCAGGGACUGGGCAGGCUGGGUGCUUAUGGCAGGGUAGAACAGCUCACUCCAGUCAACACAGGCAAAGCUUGGCCUGAGGAACCUCCACCAGCUUCUUGAUUGCAACAAGGGAAAAAUCAAGGGGAGGAAAAAAAUAUCAAUAUUCUUGGAAUACGUGUUUUCCUUUAAAAGCAUGCAGUUCUUUCCACAGCCGAUGCAAUGCGUUGUCACAUGGGCUCAGUCUAAACUGUUAUAUGGGAUUGUAGCCCCAGUGUGACCAUCUGGACCAUCAGCUCUGUUUUCUUAAACUACACAGAUGCUGCUUAAUCCAGAAAGGUCUCCAGCACAGGGCCUCUGCAAUCACUGCAACCCAGUACACAGUCAAAACCUGCAGUCAAGGGCCGAAGGCUGCUGCUUACUGAUGUGCCCAGAAAGCAGGGAGAACGCAAGGCUGCAGCUAGUGCCGUAGAUGCCUGUGCUAUUUUUUAGGUGAGAGGCCCAAAGACUCUUAAGAAUUUGAUCUUGUCUCACUGCAGAGGAGGAACAAGUGCAGUGAUUUCUGCCAGUUGUAUGUGGGCAUCAAUACUAGUUCAGCAUGUUUGUUUGUCUAGAAGGUUUUAAGUUUUAAUUUUAGUGGAGAUGAAUGGAAAACAAAUAAAUAGAAAUAGUGGGCAGAAGCCCAAGCCCAUUCAGAUGCAGCUGAUACAUUGAAAUUAAUAACUGGACAGCUGCCAAGAGGAAGAGCUGUGCUCUAUGUUAUUUUUUUUAACAGAGCUGUGAUUUGGAAGGCAUUGAAUUGGCUCUCAGUUCCUUUCCUGGAGAGUUAACUGGUGGAACAAUCCAUUAAAGUACUUGCCAGGGCACUUGGAUGUGUCUGUUGAGUUACAUAUUAUUCUGCACAGCUCUGCUGUUAGUUUUAGGCCCGUAACAAGGCCGGUGCCCUACAACCACCAGAGCGGAGGGGCUGGGGAGCAGUGACCAAGCACCCGGGGGGAUGGAAGCUACCCCCCAGCAACCACCAAGUUCUGGCACUGGAAGAGGCCCAGUGUCUCUGGAUAGACUGCAGCAAGCCAGCUGCUCCUUGCAGAUACCCAAGUCCUCUGUGUGCAUCAUAGUCCCCUUGGCCAUGCAGCCACUGACCCAAACUAUUUUGAGACAGCAGCCUCUGCUGUUAUGUUUAUUCCUAAUCACCCUCGUUAUAAUAGCUUUGUUCACAAAGGUGCUUUGCUUAAUGUAUUUUAUGGAUAGAGAUGAGCCCCCCUGGCCAGUGUUAAAUAUCAAGUGCCAUUUUAGCAAAAUACCAUUUUAGCAAAAAGCCCUUUAUUGUAAUGGCCUCUGCCACUCACUGCCAUUGGAGUGGAUAAUGAACUCCCCCUUUGGAAUAUGCAGUUUGCUGGAUAAUGGGGGUUUUUAAGUGAACAGAGAGCCUGGUGGGAAGUGCAGUCUUGCUGGAGGAAUUUGAGUUGCUGAGUUGUUUAUUACCAGUUCAUCAGCACAAAUUCUCCCCGUACCACCACUGCCCUGGUAAAUAAAAAUGCCUCUUCUUUCUUUGGUGACAAGCACACAAAGUGAUCUCCCUCAUCUCCAUUUUACAGACCAGGGAAACCAAGGCAAGAGAGCCAUGAGGGAAUGUGCCUAUGGCCAUCUAUAGCACUAUAACCUGUCACUUGUUUCCGUUGCUGUCCCAGGCAGAGCAAGUCAGAAAGGAGCUGCUGCAGCAUGCCAGGGCGGAGCUGGGAAAUGCUCUGGGAUGCCAGCUGCUGUGGCCAGCUUGGAGCCUGGGCCCUCCAAAAGAGACCCCCGAGCUCCCAUGCUGCCCUUCUUUGUUCAUGGGUGGGAGGAAUUUGGCAUGGUUUGACUCAUCCUCCUUUCAGGUUCUCCUGCGCAACAUGCAGGAUAUGCUGGUGAUUUAUUUCACUGCAGCUCCAUCUGGGAUUAAAUACUCCUGCCUGAACAAUGGGGACAGAUGUAGACAGUUGAACAGAAACCACCUCCAGCCUUCUAUCAGGUGAACAGUCCUGUCUGGGUUACAUGAUCACCCAAAAAAAGGCUGUAGGAGAGGCUCUAAACUGAGAUGGGUUCA